UAUGAACUGUCAGAAGCAGUCAAAAAUUUUCAGCGCUGUUUAGUUGAAGCUCUAGUGGGCAAUAUUUUAUUUUAUUUUUAAUAAAUUAAUUAAAAAAUAAUGGCGGAUAAUAAAGAAGUAGACAAAAAGGACGAUGAUCGCGAUCCAGAACUCGAUGAUUUGCUGGACAGUGCCUUACAAGACAUGACAAAGAAAGAGCCUUCUGCAGAACAGGUAUCUACUGGGGAAAGUCAAAAUAUGUGGAGUGAGGAGUUUAUUAAAGAAGCUGCAGCACAAUUUGAAAGCAACAUGGCCACUAUACUUGGCAGUUUUAGUGGUGUGCCUGAGGAUCAAAUUUCACAGGACCAAAUAGCACAAACAUUCUCCAAAAUGGCUGAGGCGGCUGCCCAAGUACUUAAGCCACAAGGGGAAAGCAACAAUGCACCUUUGCAGGGUGAUCCUGCUGUACAGAACAAGAUAGACGAUGUGUCAGCAGCAAUAUCCCAAACUCUGCAGAACCUCAACACCAAUACAGAGAACUUACAAACACCCUUCUCAGACGCUGAUCUUGCAAAUAUGUUUGCGGAAUUCAACUUAUCUGAAGGAAGUCAGGAGGGCAAUGCCUUUAUACCUUUCAUGCAAGGAAUGAUGCAGUCAUUAUUGUCAAAGGAGGUGCUCUACCCUUCGCUAAAGGAACUAGUUGACAAAUAUCCCGAGUGGCUUCGGAAUAACAAAGACACCUUGGAUCCAGCAGAAUAUGAAAGGUUCACCCAACAAGAAAAAUUGAUGCGUCAGGUGUGUGAUGAACUGGAGCCGGAGCAAGACUCCGACCCAGAGGAUGUCAAGAAGAGACGCUUUCAAGUUGUCUUGGAGUUGAUGCAAAAGACGCAAGACCUUGGACAGCCCCCCACUGAAUUGGUGGGAGAUAUGGCUGAACCUCCUCCGGGAUUCACCCCCGCUCCUGAUGCGAAUUCGCAGUGUUCACUUAUGUAAGGGGAUGAGAGAAGAUUAAGAUGGGAAUUGAAGGAAGUCACCAGAGAGCAGAGCAAAAGUUUCUUGGAAGCCAAAAACCCCGAAAUAGAUAUAAUGAACUAAUUUUGACUGAUUUAUGAAAUGUAUUAAAUGAAUAUUGUGCAAUAUUGCAAUUCGAAUCAGUCUGAUUAGGCCCUCGGUCGACGCACACACGACGCAAGGUGCCUCGUACACAGUAAAUCUUUUAGUCACUCGCAAAACUAUGUAACUAGUCCUU